AAUAACAAUAGGUCAUGUCCAGAAUGCUUUUUGAUCAUAGCUGUGGAGGUCCUGGUUGAUGAGAGCUGCUGACUUGGGGCUAAACAACAAAACGUGCCCGCUUCUACAUGGUUGUUCAACCGGCUACAAAUAGCAGUUAAAUUUUCAUCAAACUACCAUAACAUCUUUAAAAAGACACAUCGUAUAAUAUGAACUCGGAUACUUGUCAGAAAAUAUAGGAUUGCCAUCUCUAGAACGAACGGUUUUACCAUUAAUCUGCAACAAAACAACUGAUAAUGAAGAACAAUUAUUUUAUAUUUACAUCUUUUGCUGUAAUUCUUAAAAAUAUAUAAUAUAAUAAUCUUUUUUUUCUAUUGCUCUUCAUAAAUUCGUUUGUAGUUUUUAUAAUGUCGCGACUAAUAAAACCCUAGCUCAUUUACAUAACAGCCACUAAUUAGUCAAGCCUUGAUUCCAUUAUCCAUUUCCUUUGACAACUAUUUCACUAUCAUCAUACCAUACAUAACACAAAUUGUUGUAGCACGUGUUAUGAACGAUCAUGCUGGGUCAAAUAUAAAGACACUCUCUUGAUCGAGCUGAUGUAAUAUUUCAGCUUUGUUUAUUUUUGUGCUUUUGAUGUUGGUUUCUCACAGAACAAGCAUUUUAAGAGGAGGAGUGUUGAUUGUUUCAGCUCAGUUCCUGAUUGAGACGUAUUUUAUCAGACUUCAGAAGCAUGAGAGACAAAGUUGAAUCCAGUAGGGUUUGAACGCAGAUAUGGAACUCAAUACUAAAAGCAGUUGUCUUACUCUAAGAUUAGUCUUUUAUACUGCUGUCUAUUCAGAUGACUUGCUUUGAUGAAUGGAGGAGAUAUGUCAGAAAAAAGGACUCAACAAGUCAGUCUGUUGUAACAAAAACUUUUUGUGAUGUAACAUACUACCAAAUGUAUAUAAGUGCUUACAGCAAAUGUCUUUGGAGCAGGUUUGAUAUCCAUUUCUUAUGUUGAUUCUAUCAUCAUGAACGAUUCUGCUAAUUCUAUGGAAAACUCAAAUGUUGAGAAGCAUUUCCAGUGUGAUCAGUGUUCAUUCACUACAGAGUUUCAUUCAGAUUUGGUACAUCAUCUCAGUCAAGUCCAUAACGAACAACAGACAUUUCUUGGAAAUGUGUCCGAUAUAAGUGAGGAUGCAGCUAUUGACAAAGGAAAUAACAGUACCCCGGUCGGUGGACUGGAUGAUGAGAAACGUAGGUUAUUUCACUGUGAGAGUUGUUCUUUUUCUUCUCCAUUCCGUAGUAAAAUUGUAAGUCAUUGUGUUGUCCAUUCCGAUGCCCGUCCUUUCAUCUGUGAUCUUUGUGAUUAUGCUGCAAAAAGAAAAUAUGAUCUAAAGAAACAUAUGCAUUUCAAACAUAAAGUUUUCCAAUCUGGAUUCAUACCACUCCCCAACCAACCAUCAAUUGAUAAUUCUUCUUUACGAUUUGUAACUAAUCAGUAUGGAGUUAAUGAACACGAAUCUCGAUUGACUGCCACAAAUACAAAUUAUCCUAAUGAAUCUGUCCAAUAUUCUAAAAACAUUUCUUCUGUGAAAAUGGAAUCUGAGACUAGUGAAGAUGACUGUUAUAUUAUUGAUGAAAGUUUAUCAGUUCAAGAUUCCUUUCCCAAUGCAAGCAUGUUGAAUCUUUCCAAUGUCACAUCAUUGAACAAACAAUCUGUUUCUGAUUUUCAGGAGCAUGCAAAUAGAUCCCUUGUAUCUGCUGCUCCUCAGAGUAGUACAGCUUCCGAUCACAUAUCGGUUCCAGGACUGACCAAAUCUUCUUCUACAUAUUUCCCCCUGCAACCAUCUGGUUUGUUUUCAAAAGAUCAUCUCCCUAUUCGUCAAACACCUCCACAAUCCCUUGAAAGUGGCCAAUCACCUGCUUCAAGAACUUCACCCUUUAUCAAAGACAUUGGUGUAACAAGUACCAUUGCUGAAACGAGCUCUCAUUCUUCUACAGCGACAGUUUCUAGUUCAAAUGUCUCAGACAAAUGUAUUGGCAACAGUCGAAGUUUUACAUGCCCACAUUGUAAUAUCCUUUAUUUUGACAAUGCACUUUAUGUGAUGCAUAUGGGCCUUCACGACCCUGAAAACCCUUGGCAGUGCAAUUUAUGUGGUGACAUUUAUCAUGAUGUUUAUAGUUUCACUUCACAUUUUAUCAAUGAACACAGACAGUAAUUUAUCAAUGAAUCACAUUAUAUGACAGGUAGCGAAAAUGAAGUUUCUGCUGAACUUAAGAUGUGUCAUAUUUUAUAUAAUGUAUGACUACUACCACUAAAAUAAUAAAGUCACUCUGUACUUCACUACCUACUAAUAAACUACCAUCAUAUGUAUGCUCUCUCACAAACAUACACACAUGUUGAUACACUACAAUUUUAUACAUUUUUUGUUAAGUAUAAUUUUAUUGUAAUUUUUAAUCAGA